UAAAUAAUGACUUUUGUAGAUAAAUAAAAAAAUUUGAUACUGCUCGUGUCAGACGUGCUGAAAUUAUUAAUUGAUGAAUAUCUAUUGACGUGUAAUUAUUAAUCGUUUACAAUUAUUCUACAAUGCCACAUGCAAUUUUACAAGAUGCUUAUGAGUUGGAGCUAGAAGCUCAAGAACCAUGGCCUCAGCUAAUAAAAUUAUAUCAACCACAUGAAGUAGAACAAAUCUUACUUCCUGAUAAUGCCAACUGUUUGGCAGUUCAAGCAUUUCUUCAUAUGUGUAAUUUAGAAUAUCAAAUAAUACCACGAAAAAAUGCUGAAUACAUGUCUCCAUCUGGAAGAGUCCCAUUUAUACAAUGUGGAGCAUUUCUCAUUUCAGAUUUUGAUAAUAUCGUUAAUUUUAUAAACAAUAAAGGUACAUCAUUAUCAAAUGAAUUAUCGUCAGAAGAAAAAUAUGAUAUGAGAGCUUACAUGUCUUUAAUCAAUAAUGGCCUCGCGAAUGCCGAGCAAUAUAUAUGUUGGGUAGAUCCAGCAACUCUAGAAAUAACGAAACGGAGACAUGGCAGUGUUUAUCCUUGGCCGUUAAACCAUAUUUUAAACUGGCAAAAACAAAGACAAGUUAUUAAAAAACUAAAAGUUCUUAGUUUAUAUAAUAAAACUCUGGAUGAAAUUUAUCAAGAUGUUAAAAUCUGUUGCACUGCACUAUCCAAAAGAUUGGAGAACAAACCAUACUUUUAUGGUGAUAAGGGACCAACUGAACUUGAUGCUCUGGUAUUUGGCCAUCUCUUUACGAUAAUAACUACACCAAUUCCUGGCUGUAAAUUAGGAGAGAUAGUAAAAAAUUUUCCGGACCUCGUUGAUCUCUGUAAACGCAUCGAGACGAGCUUUUUUUCAUCCCUCCGAACAUUUGGAAGCAUCAAUUACGAUAAAUUAUUUACAACAAAGAACAAUCAAGACUGUUUGAAGGAUCAUGAUGUAAAUAAUGAUCUCGAAGCAUCAUUAGACACUACGGAUAGCUUGACAAAUCAUAAAAAAUCGAGUUUUUUUUUCUUUCCUAUGUUGUAAAAUAUUUAUCUGGAUCUCUUCAUACUUUUCUAUACUUUUUAACACAUUUUAUGUCAUA